AUGAGCGCGUUCUAUCUAUCUAUCUAUUCAUCUGUCCAUUUUCUCUUUAUCCCUGUCUAUCUAUCUAUCUCAGUCUGUCCAUUUCUUUUCUCUUUAUCCCUAUCUAUCUAUCUAUCUAUCUAUCUAUCUCAGUCUGUCCAUUUCUUUUCUCUUUAUCCCUAUCUAUCUAUCUAUCUAUCUAUCUAUCUCAGUCUGUCCAUUCUUCUCUUUAUGCCUAUCUAUCUAUCUAUCUCAGUCUGUCCAUUCUUCUCUUUAUGCCUAUCUAUCUAUCUAUCUCAGUCUGUCCAUUCUUCUCUUUAUGCCUAUCUAUCUAUCUAUCUCAGUCUGUCCAUUCUUCUCUUUAUGCCUAUCUAUCUAUCUAUCUCAGUCUGUCCAUUCUUCUCUUUAUGCCUAUCUAUCUAUCUAUCUCAGUCUGUCCAUUCUUCUCUUUAUGCCUAUCUAUCUAUCUAUCUCAGUCUGUCCAUUCUUCUCUUUAUGCCUAUCUAUCUAUCUAUCUCAGUCUGUCCAUUUUCUCUUUUUCCCUAUCUAUCUAUUUCAGUCUGUACAUUUUCUCUUUUUCCCUAUCUAUCUAUUUCAGUCUGUCCAUUUUCUCUUUUUCCCUAUCUAUCUAUCUCAGUCUGUCCAUUUUCUCUUUUUCCUAUCUAUCUAUCUAUCUAUCUAUCUGCAUACAAGUUAUGA